AUGGGAAAAGGCGGAAAAGGCUCAAGCGGAGGGGGACACUCGGCAGGAUAUCCAAGCACCACUGGAAAUCCCUCUGGUGGUGGGAGAGAUAACGGACCUCGAAGCGGCAAUUUACUUCAGUUACCGGCUUGGUUUUUCAAUUGGCCACAAGAACGUGUUCGUGUCUGGAACUAUGUCGAAAUCAUACCUUGGUUCGGACCAUUCCAAUGUAGAGAUACCUUGCAAAACUACGACCGAUUGUUUGAGCAAACGCCAAAUAAUUUAGCACAAAGGAAACAAAUGUUUGUUGUACAAAGGGAACUUUUCGGUGCAUCACUUGACGGAUCUUUGCUGAAUAUUCAAAAAUGGACGCAUGCUGGCUACUUGCAAGUAUUUGAAAGCUCGAUUUGA